UGAAGCCCUAUUCUUCUCCCUAUAGGGAAUGAAAGGGAAUUGAGAAGGUGCAUUGCACGAGGUGGAGGGAGGGGUGAGGAGGAGGAGGUUGGAGUAAGAGGAGAGCGAGAGGAAGAGGAGAGAGAAACCAUUUAAUGCUGCCACCUGAUUUAAACCCCCUUCUCUCUUCUUAGGUUACGAUUCUCUUCUCUCUAUCUCUGUAUCGAUCCCGGUUACAUUCUCUCUCUAUAUCUAUUAGCCAUAAUUUCCUCUCCAUAUUAGGUUAAAACCCUCACAUUCUCUCUCUAGUUGGCUUCUUUGUCCUUGCAGUGCUCUCUCUCAAUGUCGGCUGCCAUGGCUUCUCUCUAGGGUAUCCUUUAUAUAUUAUUUUUUAUCUAUCUGUAUAUCUGUGCUUCUCUCCUGUGUCGUGGGAAUCUCUAUGGCGGCGACAAUGGGGUCGGCUUCUGCUGAGCCGACAGGGAUGGGGGAUCAGCACUUCAGGAGAGGGAGAGGCCUUGCAAACGCAUGGUCUCAUGUAGUUAGAGGAACGGUCCCGAAUUCCGGUGAUCAUGAGAGCGAAGUUGUGGAUGAGUUGAGGCCUGUGGCGGAUAACUCUUCUCCGGUGAAGGGAGAGCCUUCGAGCCCUAAUGUGGCCUCGGAGUCAUCCGAGGCGUCGAAGAAACCUGCAUGGAAUAAGCCGCAAUCCAAUGAAGGAGAGGUUGGUCCUGUAAUGGGUGCCGUUUCCUGGCCUGCUCUAUCAGAUGCUGCUAAAGCUGCGAAACCUUCUUCUGAUCCUCUUCCUAAGCCCCUUAAAGAGGGAGAUCCCCCACAAAAGGGCCAUUUACUUGCAACCCCAACUCAUAAUUCAGGCAGCAGUGUCAGACCAAACAAUCCACCAAAUCAUGUUUCUCAAAACAAGGUGAAGUCCACAGUCAAACGUGGGGGCCCUCCUAAUGGGGUUGUUAUACCAGCGAUAACAACACAGCCUAUUGUGGUUUCUGAUAAACCAGUGGCUUCUCCCAAACACAAUGCAGAGCACCCAAUUUCGACAGGGGUUCCCAAUGAAGCUGGGUCAAGGGGUUUUGUACCUCCGCCGCAAGGACAUAAUUAUACUCGUCAACAUUAUAUGAGAGGGAAUGGUUCUCAAGUAAGAGGUCAAGGUUUCCACGGCAACAAUUACAUGAACAGGCGUAAUUCUCGUGAUCAUGGACGCUUUAACCACCAAUGGAAUUCUCAGCGAAAUUUUAACGGCCGAGACUUUCAAACCACUCAGAACUUUGGUCCGAGAAACUUCUCGAGGCCACAACCUCCACAGCCUCCUCCCCCACCGUAUCUCAAUUUGCCUGCACAUUUUGGAGGUCAUAUUAGUUUUGCUGGUGAUAUGCAUAAUCAAGUGUUCUUUGCUGUUCCACCACCUGUGGAUCCCAUGAGAGGUACAUCGUUUGUUUACCCUUCUGUUCCUCCAACGAUAUACAAUCCCGCCCAAGAUGCUUAUCUGCGGAGUCAGUUGAUUGCUCAGAUUGAUCAUUAUUUCAGCUCUGAAAACUUAUGUAAAGACGUGUUUUUGAGAGGAAACAUGGAUGAAGAAGGCUGGGUUCCCCUUUCUUUGAUUAUGACCUUCAAUCGGGUUAGGAAGUUGACAAACAACAUGCAUCUAAUAAUCGAUGCAUUACAAACUUCAUCAGUUGUUGAAGUGCAGGGAGACAAAGUACGCAGGCGAGUUGACUGGAGAAACUGGCUUUUGCCUCCUCAAGGCGGCAUCUAUCCCAUCACCUCACAAUCUCGGAACUCAUCUAAUGAAGACUUGCUGACAUCAAGUAUAUAUAGCCUUGAGUUGGAUGAGAGUUCCAAGGCCAAGUCUCCAGUUUCUGACUCUCUCUCUUUACAAGUAAUGGAUCAGGCUGCUCUCCCUAAAGUGUCCAACGAUUAUGACCAGGCCACUCUCUCUUUAGAGGUGGCCAUUGGUUCGCAUCAGGCUGCUGCUCCUCUAGAGGUGACCCAUGAUUCUAAUCAGGGGCAUUGUAGUGAGAGCAUGCCUGUUAAAAAUGGCCCUGCUGAUGUCUCAUACUAACUGAGAGGUUAUUGCAGGGUUUGUGCUGAACCCUGCUGCCCUUCUACCAAUUCAAAAGCUUUGAUCACAAAAAUUAAAGUUUAAAAGCAUUUAAACAUCGUGGAGUCGGAAGGAGAGGAACCCGCCAUUGCCCCUUUUAAGGCCAGUUGCCAUUGAGUGCUAUGCAGCCUUUAAGUCAAAUUGCAAUUUCAGUACUAUGCAGGGAAAAACUUGAGAACCGUUUGGAUGGUUCUCAUUGACUUGUACAGUUUCUCUCCCCGCUUCCGUGAGUCUACUCUUGCUAUGGAUGGACGGUUCGGUUUCGCGACAGAGCCAAUUUUGGUGUGAUUUUGAUUGUGAAAAAGCCUUUGAAUCCUCUGAACUUUUUUUUGAACAGGAAGUGAAUCCUGACACAAAAUUCUUUCCUUGGGCUAUUAUUAUAAAUCAAAGAACUUUGGAGGAUAAUAAAUGGGGAGACAUAAGACAUGCCCCUUGGAUGGCCAUGUCCAUUUUUAAAUAUACAUGUAUUCAGACUGAUAUACAUGACAUUGGCAUCUUUCACUAUGCACAGUUUA